UUUACUUUCAACGAAAAAAACAGAAAAAUGGACAUACUUUUUUGCGACGAGCUUCUCCAGGAAAUCUUCCGCCGUCUUCCGCCUUCCUCCGCCGCAGCCGUCGCUCUCGUGUCGCGGCGAUGGCGCCGCCUCCUCCGCUCCUCAACGACCUCCCUUUCCCUCAACUUCCCCCCUCCCUACAACCCCACCACUAUCACUUCUUUCUCCUCCUUUCUUUAUCACCACCCCUUUCUAUCCUCCCUCUCUGCCUCCGCCGCCGCAGACGGCGGCGCCGGAGACCACCCUCUCCUCCUCUCCGUCGCCGCUUCCUGCCCGAAUCUCCGUCACCUCCGCCUCUUUGGCCCGCCUGUAUCUUCUCUAUCUCUCUCUAAUCUCUCAAAAUCAUUCCUUCAUCUCUCUUCUCUCUCUGUUGCUGUUUUGAGGCCUUUUUCUCUCAAUUGGCUGCCUUGUUUCAGCUCUUUGACACGCCUUUCCCUCUCUGUGAAAAACCCUUUACCGGAAAUCGAUGAUUCCGAGCUCGGAAGCGUGAAAGAUUCAAUCUUUGAUGUUGAAUUGCGUUUGGAGAGCCUUAGCUUAUCUGGGAUUUCACAGAGGGAUUAUGGGGUUGCCUAUCUUUGGAGAAAUUGCAAGAAUGUUACAAAAUUGGAGCUCAAUUGCUGCGAGGGUUUAGGAGAUUUCUCAUCCUUUUCUGAUUUCUUGAGGUUAGCUAGUGAUCUUCAAGAACUGGAGUUGAGAUCAUGUAGAAGUGUAGCUAAUCUUGUGCUGUUUAGUUUAUCUGAGAAUUGUGUCAAUUUGAAUUCUCUAUUGAUCUAUGAUGGAGGGAGCAGAGAGGGUUUGCUUCACUUUUUGAAACAGGGAAAGUGUAGUUUGAGGAGUCUUGAUUUGAGGCUGCCUCUUGAUCUUGAUAACUCUCACAUGCUUGCAAUAUCUGAGAAUUUUCAUUUUAGGGGCUUGAUGAGUUUGAAGCUGCAAAGUUGUUGUUUUGUGACUGGGGAGGGGUUGAGGGCAGUGGGGAGGGCAUUGAAUGGGGCCCUCGAGGAGCUCUCGUUGAUCAACUGUGACGUUGUAGUGAAAGAGCGCGGCUUGCUAACGACGUUAGGGCAAGAUUUCAAUGGGUUGAAGAGGUUGGACUUGUCUUACAAUGGCAUGUUGGUUGAUAAGGAGGUUGUGUCAAUGCUUGCCUCUUGUGAUGGUUUGGUUGAGCUGAGGUUGAGGGGUUGUAGUAGGCUGAGUGAUGCGGUUGCGGAUGCGAUGGUUAGGAGGUGUAAGCGGCUGCAGGUUGUCGAUGUAGCCUGUUGCUGUGGGAUUCGAGUGCAGGGAGUUGAGAUCAUCUUGCUCAACUCCCUGGGCUUGAGGCGAGUGGAGGUGGAGCGGAACAAGCUCUCGGAGGCUGCAAUGGCACGGGUGGCGGAUAGGUUUGUGGAGGUUGUGUGUUGAUUUGGUUUGGUUGUUGAGGUUUUGAGGCAGUUCUCAAUUUGAUUGCCUUUUGGUUCAGUGUGUCAGUGUGUUUUGUUGUGUUGAAGGGAAUAAAAGAAUUUGUGGAAAUAACAUACUCCUACGUUGCCA